AUGACGGGCCACUGGGAGGGCUCUGGAUGGCUUGGUGUGGCGGGAUUGGCCGGUGGUGUCGGAGUGGCUGCUAUCUUCACGAACACUUGGCUCUGCACCAAUGUCAGCCCUUACCUGUCGGGCGAGUUCGUUUGGUUCCUGCUGAGCGAUGUCGCAAUGUGGGGCAUCCUCAACUACUUCCUCAACCAUCAAGUGGCGCUCACUCCCACCAAGGAAAAGGAUCAAGUAACGUACAACAAGCUCACCAGUCAGGUCUAA